CGGCUGCAGAAGAUGGAGAGAUACUCGUGUUGCCACAGCAUGUUGUAAAUGUAUGAGGCUUUAUCUCAUCCCGGCUUGGAAAUAAAAAUAGGAAAGGAGUACAACUUGAAUAAGAAGCUACUAGAAGAACACACAGAGUUCUGCAGCAGUUUGUAUUUGCUCUGACAUUUUUCUUUCUUCUAACUGGAAAACAGAGGACCUGGCAUUUUUUUUUAAUGGGCUUUUCCCAUAAUGGCAUUCUUGUAUUGUGUGGCCAGAGUUUGCACAGGAGGAAAGCAGGCUGCUGAAUUUAGUCACUGAUCUCUAUUAGCUGUGGCCUAAGGCUAUGCUGAGGUUUAUAUCCCAUUUGUAUUGUUGCAGCUCAAAAGAAGAAUGUUCAGAGGAUGACAAAUGUAUUCUGAGUAGUACCGUGGUGACAACAUGCCAUUGAAAUGGAAAACGAGCUCUCCUGCUAUCUGGAAAUUCCCAGUUCCUGUGCUUAAAACAUCCAGGUCAACUCCACUUUCUCCAGCAUACAUAUCCCUUGUGGAAGAGGAAGACCAGCACAUGAAACUGGCUCUAGGAAGCAGUGAAAUGGGUCUCACUUCCCAUUUGCAGUCUUCCAAGGCAGGAAGCACACGCAUCUUUACCAGCAAUUCCCACAGUUGUGUGGUGUUACAGGGCUUUGAGCAGCUUCGGCAUGAAGGAUUGCUUUGUGAUGUCACACUGAUGCCAGGUGAUAGUGAUGAUACCUUUCCUGUGCACAGAGUCAUGAUGGCAUCUGCUAGUGACUACUUUAAAGCUAUGUUCACAGGUGGAAUGAAAGAACAAGAUUUAAUGUGCAUUAAGCUUCAUGGUGUGGGCAGAGUAGGUUUAAGGAAAAUUAUUGAUUUCAUCUAUACUGCAAAGCUUUCUCUUAACAUGGACAACCUUCAAGACACGCUGGAAGCUGCUAGCUUUCUUCAGAUUCUGCCAGUCUUAGACUUCUGUAAAGUAUUUCUCAUAUCUGGGGUAACUUUGGAUAAUUGUGUUGAAGUUGGACGGAUCGCCAACACCUACCAUCUGACUGAAGUGGAUAAAUAUGUGAACACCUUCGUUUUAAAGAAUUUUCCUGCAUUGCUGAGCACUGGAGAGUUCCUGAAACUCCCUUUUGAGCGUCUUGUCUUUGUGCUUUCCAGUAACAGCCUUAAGCGCUGCACUGAACUUGAGCUCUUCAAAGCUACCUGUCGCUGGCUUAGUGUGGAGGAACCUAGAAUGGACUUUGCUGCAAAAUUAAUGAAGAACAUACGAUUUCCACUGAUGACACCACAGGAGCUCAUUAAUUACGUGCAAACUGUGGAUUUCAUGAGAACUGACAAUACUUGUGUCAAUUUGCUUCUGGAAGCCAGCAAUUACCAAAUGAUGCCAUUCAUGCAGCCAGUUAUGCAGUCAGACAGGACUGCCAUUCGGUCUGACACCACUCAUUUGGUUACACUUGGAGGAGUCCUGAGGCAGCAGCUUGUUGUCAGUAAGGAAUUACGCAUGUAUGAUGAAAAGACCCAUGAGUGGAAAUCUCUAGCUCCCAUGGAUGCCCCAAGAUACCAGCAUGGCAUUGCUGUCAUUGGAAAUUUUCUCUAUGUCGUUGGUGGGCAGAGUAAUUAUGACACAAAAGGAAAAACAGCUGUCGAUACAGUGUUUAGAUUUGAUCCUCGAUACAACAAAUGGAUACAAGUUGCAUCUUUAAAUGAAAAGCGCACCUUCUUCCACCUAAGUGCCCUCAAAGGAUAUCUGUAUGCAGUUGGUGGCAGAAAUGCAGCUGGAGAAUUGCCUACUGUAGAAUGUUACAAUCCAAGAACAAAUGAAUGGACCUAUGUUGCCAAAAUGAAUGAGCCUCACUAUGGCCAUGCUGGAACUGUGUAUGGAGGAGUGAUGUAUAUAUCAGGAGGAAUUACCCAUGAUACUUUCCAAAAGGAACUCAUGUGCUUUGACCCUGAUACUGACAAGUGGACCCAGAAGGCACCAAUGACCACUGUCCGAGGCCUACAUUGCAUGUGUACAGUGGGAGACCGGCUCUAUGUCAUUGGUGGUAACCAUUUCCGGGGAACCAGUGAUUAUGAUGAUGUCCUGAGCUGUGAAUACUAUUCACCUAUCCUUGACCAGUGGACCCCAAUUGCUGCCAUGUUAAGAGGGCAGAGUGAUGUUGGGGUCGCUGUCUUUGAGAAUAAAAUCUAUGUGGUUGGUGGAUAUUCAUGGAAUAAUCGCUGUAUGGUUGAGAUCGUGCAGAAAUAUGAUCCAGAGAAAGAUGAAUGGCAUAAGGUUUUUGAUCUCCCAGAGUCCCUUGGUGGUAUUCGAGCUUGUACACUUACAGUUUUUCCACCUGAAGAAACCACCCCAUCACCUUCUAGAGAGUCUCCUCUCUCUGCACCCUAACAUCAUCCUUACAAUUAAAAUGCUGUAUUCCUAUCUUUGCAAUGUGUCAUGAUUAUCUUCUUUCCCACCCUCCUUAAGUAGAAUAUAUGUUAGAAUUAGCCUCCAGUAAUUGAUACAGAUAUUGGAAAAAAAAUUGACAUUGAUGUUACUUGUGAUGUUUGUAAUGGCCUAGAGUGUUUAUAAAGUGGUAACAGACCAUCCUGGAAAUAUAUCUCAUAGAAGCUGUUUAACAUGAAAAAAAGUAUUGUCUACAAAACAUUUCUUCAGUACUUUUAAAUGCUGUGUACUGGGUGUAAGGUAUUCGUCAUCUCACAUUAUAAGCCAAGUUGAAGGUGGAUUAUGUAAUUGUACAGUGUACAACUUUUGUAAAUGUACAAGUUGUAAAUGUGCAACUGUUCUCACUAAGCUUCAAAAAUUAAGAAGUUUUCCUUUCAUCUCUAACUGUGUAAGAUGUCAAAGGGAGGCAGCCUGCUCCAACAAGAAACAAUACACAAAAGGUUGCCAACUUGCAUGAGCUACCUCCCUCUUUUCGUAAAGUAUUUUUGACACAUCUGUCAACCCACCUGACUGUGUGGGUGAAUUGAGAACACACCAAGUUUCUAAGACACACAGGAGAAAUAACUGAAAUUCACCAACAUUCAUUUGGAGAGAAAACCAUGACCUCUCUGCUUAUAAGGAUUGUUUUUUUUUUUUAACUGUGUACAGAUAUUAACAUACACAUACUUAUAUCAAACACAAUUUUUAAAAAUUGAGUGUCAAGUCAAAUUACCUGUGAAAUUUAAAAAAAUCUUCUAAAGAGCAGCUUCCAUAAAAAAUGGGGAUUCCGUAUGCACGCAUUGAUGCAUAUAUGUAGAACCACACUGAAUUUAGGUGGAUAAGGGCUAGAAAUUUUGAGCAACUAAAUUUGUCACUUGACCAAAUUUAUCUUAAAGAACUGUAUUCCUUCUCCUUUGCUGUUGAAGUAACUUACCUGUUUCGUGUAUUCUGUGUACUCUCAGUUUAUGAGGUUAUUUAGCACCAAAUGUAGCAGCUUCACCCAAGAGGCUGCUUUUGCAGUAUGAUGUCCAUGUUUUCCUUUCUUUUAUUCAAUAAAAAACAUUUAAUGUCA